AUGCAUUGUGGGCCUCCCGACAUGGUCUGCGAGACGAAGAUCGUGGCCGCCGAGGACCAUGAGGCGCUGCCGGGGGCCAAGAAGGACGCGCUGCUCGCCGCCGCCGGCGCCAUGUGGCCCCCGCUGCCCGCCGCUCCUGGGCCGGCCGCCGCCCCCGCCGCGCCCCCGCCCGCGCCGGGCCCCCAGCCCCUCGGCGGCGCGGGGGGCGCGGAGCCUCCGGAGGGGCGCGGCGUGUACAUCCGCGAGAUCCGUGCGGCGGAGCAGGAGGCGGCGCGCCGCAUCUUCUACGACGGCAUCAUGGAGCGCAUCCCCAACACGGCCUUCCGCGGCCUGCGGCACCACCCGCGCACGCAGCUGCUCUACGCCCUGCUGGCCGCGCUCUGUUUCGCCCUGACCCGCUCGCUGCUGCUGACGUGCCUGGUGCCGGCAGGGCUGCUGGGCCUGCGUUAUUACUACAGCCGGAAGGUGGUCCUCGCCUACCUGGACUGCGCGCUGCACACAGACAUGGCCGACAUCGAGCAGUAUUACAUGAAGCCCCCUGGCUCCUGCUUCUGGGUGGCCGUGUUGGAUGGCAACGUGGUGGGCAUCGUGGCAGCGCGGGCCCACGCGGCGGACAACACGGUGGAGCUGCUACGCAUGUCGGUGGACUCACGCUUCCGUGGCAAGGGCAUCGCCAAGGCGCUGGGCCGUAAGGUGCUGGAGUUCGCCCUGGUGCACGACUACUCUGCGGUAGUGUUAGGCACGACAGCCGUCAAGGUGGCCGCCCACAAGCUCUACGAGUCGCUGGGCUUCAGGCAUAUGGGCUCAAGUGACCGCUACGUGAUGCCUGGCAUGACCCUCUCGCUGGCCGAGCGCCUCUUCUUCCAGGUCCGCUACCACCGCUACCGCCUGCAGCUGCGCGAGGAGUGACCGCCACCCACCUGCCCGCUGCCCCGCCCACCGCUCCGUCCGCCUGUGCCCUCCUGCCCGCCGCCCGGGCCGCUUUCAGACGCUCACCUUGGCGUUUGUGUUGGGUUUUUCCUUUUUCGGCACCACACGGUUCUUUGGCUGGUUCUUGGGGGGGUGCGGGGCCGUUGCUCAUCCGUGACACUUGGGGAGGUGGGUUGUUCCCAGCCACGCCCCUUGCCCUCCCCAGUCUGCUGGGGCCGCAUCCUGAAGAGUGACAGCGUGGACCACCGCGAGCCCACGCAGCUGCCCGGCCCUGGCGCGAGG